UUCUAGCGCAUGCGCAAAUGUACUCGAAGCGAAGCUAAAAGACGAGGACUGCAUGCUAUGCUUGUUCAGAGAUCCUUCGAAUUCGGGAUCUUAAAGUCAUAUGAUUCACAGCAAAUAUAGCAACACACAUAUCUUUAUUUGCAUUUUACAAAGCUAGGAAACGUGCAUUGAGUUUGGAGUGUUAGCUGAAGUGAAGAUUGAAGACGUGAUAGAAGAUGGACGACUACUGCUAUGCUAAGAUGGUGACGUCAUGUCAAAGAGAACAUUCCAGCAAAACACUAACGGAGAUAAAGACCAACGAUGAAGACGUCCAGCAGCUGAUGGGUAAUCCAGAAGACGUUUCCCCUCAGUCAGGGGGGAGCUCCACUUUGAAGCAGGAGACUCCACAACCACCCUGCAUUAAAAAGGAAGAGGAGGAACUCUGCAUCACUCAGGAGGGAGAGUGUCUUCUAGGACGAGAGGAAGCUGAUUACACCAAGUUUCCACUGAGUAUUCUCUCUGUGAAGACUGAAGAUGAUGAAGAGAAACCACAACCAGACAACGUCUUGACGCUACUAUCAGAUAGUGAGGCUGAAGACGAGGUUGAAGAACCUUUGAGCAGCGAUACAGACUGUGAAGGUGAUAUGAGGACUCACACUGACAACAAACACUCUGAAUGCUCUUCAAAGAAGAGAGGUAAAACAUGUUUUAGCUGCUCAGUUUGUGCUGAUUUUUUUACUAAAAAGAAUCAUUUGACGCAACACAUGAGAACACACACAGUAGAAACAUUAUUUAAGUGUUCAGUUUGUGAAAAAAGAUUUUCUCAAAAUAGCCGUUUGACUCGUCACAUGAGAACACACACAGGAGAAAAACCAUUCAAUUGUUCAAUUUGUAGCGAAAGCUUUUCUCAAAAUAGCCAUUUGACUCGACACAUGAGAACCCACACAGGUGAAAAACCAUUUAAUUGUUCAGUUUGUGGAGAAAAUUUUUCUCAAAAUAGCCAUUUGACUCAACACAUGAGAACACACACAGGUGAAAAACCGUUUUGUUGUUCAUUUUGCGGAAAAAGCUUUUCUCAACAUAGCUCUUUGACCCAACACAUGAGAACACACACAGGCGAAAAUACAUUUAAUUGUUCAGUUUGUGGCAAAAGCUUUAUUAUUAAGAGGUAUAUGACUGAACACAUGAGAACACACACAGGUGAAAAACCAUUCAUUUGUUCAGUUUGUGGGAAAAGAUUUUCUGUGAGGAGCACUUUGACCGAACACAUGAGAACACACACAGGUGAAAAACCAUUUUGUUGUUCAGUUUGUGGCAAAUACUUUUAUAAAAAUACCUCUUUGACUGAACACAUGAGAACACACACAGGUGAAAAACCAUUUAAUUGUUCAGUUUGUGGCAAAGGCUUUUCUGUUAAGAGGAAUUUGACUCAACACAUGAGAACACACACAGGUGAAAAACCAUUUAAUUGUUCAGUUUGUGGCAAUAGUUUUCCUCAAUUCAGCUCUUUGUGUCGACACAUGAGAACACACACUGGAGAAAAAAACAUUUAGUUGUUUAUUGUGCUGUAAAAGGUUCCCACAUAAUGCAGACGCAGUAAAACACAUGAGAACACACAAGGGAAAAUAAGCAAUUAGCUGUUUAGUUUGUGGUAUGUUGCUCAUAUGUGGCGACAUCCACCCUACCCAGGACCUCCUCACUGCUUCUUUCACAAAUAUCUGAGGUAUUCAUACAAACUUGGAUUAUUUAGAGCAUAAUCUUAUCCACUCAUGACCCCAUGUCUUCUCUGUAUCUGAAACCUUCCUGAACAGUAAGAUAGAUGAUGCUUCAAGUACUUGGUUACUCCUUCUUCAGUCCAGGGACCUGAUAAUCAUGUGUGAUAUAUACUUUUCGGAAUGUGCUUGUCCUAUUUUAGUCAAAUUAAAAUAAAGAAAAUUAUCUGAA